AUUUGGGAUGAAGGGCACAAUCGGCGCAAUCGAUUGUACCCAUAUUGGGAUUGUUUCACCCUCAAGCACAGACGCCACUACUCCUCUUUCACUUUUCAUGAACCGGAAAGGAUUUUACAGCCUUAAUGUAGAAGCAGUUUGUGAUCAUCGACUUCUGUUCACCGCUGUCAACGCGAGAUUUCCCGGAUCUUGCCAUGAUUCUGGUAUUUGGACCACAUCCCCAACACGUAUGCACCUCACAAAUACCUAUAACACGCAAAGUGAUUCGUGGUUGUUAGGUGACCAAGGAUAUCCAUUGGAGCCAUGGCUGUUAACGGCAGUCGCUGAACCUUCAAAUGCAAGGGAAGUGCGCUACAAUAAGUUGCACGCCAAAGCACGUAAUACCAUUGAGAGAGCCUUUGAUGUUUUGAAGUCACGAUUCCGGUGCCUCUCAAAACACCGCAUUAUUCAUUACAGACCUGAAAAGCGUCGUUUGUUAUUUACGCGUGCACAAUUCUUCACAACAUUUUACUGAAGCAUGGUGUGGCUGCAGACCUUGGCUUCGAAGAAGUUUUAGAAGAAUCACAAGACUCCGAAAUUGUUUUCGAAAACCCCAA